CUUUAGCGGUUAGCGCAUCAGAACGCAACAGCAAAGCAAAACCCAAUCAAAUCCUUUUCCUCCAAAUCUCGCCAAAUUCUUCGAGCGAGACACGUAUAAACUCUCACUCGCUCACUCACACCUCACACGCUGCUGCUGCUGCUUCUCGAUGAGGAAUAUUUUUUUUGCUUCGGUUAAAGCAACGCUAAUUCCCCGCGUCGCAAGCAUGCGUUUCUAGGAGAAAGUAAAGCUUGCGUUUUUGAGACUAAAGCUUGCGUUUUUUGUUUUUUAAUUGUGGAGUUUGGGAGGAGGAGGGGAAAAAAUCGCGAUCAGGAAAAGGCAUCUCGAGAAUAAUUAUUUAAGUCCCCAGAGCGAGCAGUGACGCGAAAUUCCCCAGGAGAGAUCUCCAUCUCCACCUCCACUGCUCAGGCGGGGAUGUCGUCGGCGGCGUCGGCGUCGGCGGCCGGAGGGGCAGGCGAGGAGGGCGCCGCCGCCGCCGCGCAGCCGCAGCAGGAGGGGCCGGUGGUGACCUGCAAGGGCGUGAACGGGCUCGACAAGGUCGUCCUCCGGGAGGUCCGAGGCAGCUCUGCCGAGGUGUACCUGUAUGGCGGCCAUGUCACAUCAUGGAAAGAUGAGCAUGGAGAGGAGCUGCUUUUUGUUAGUAAUAAGGCUAUUUUCAAACCUCCAAAAGCUAUACGUGGAGGGAUACCAAUCUGCUUUCCUCAGUUUUCCAACUUCGGAAAUCUGGACCCACAUGGCUUUGCAAGGAACAGGACCUGGAGUGUUGAAAAUGAUCCACCACCAUUUCCAGUACCAACUUCUAAUAAAGCUUACGUCGAUUUAAUCCUUACGCAUACUGAAGAAGAUCUAAAGAUCUGGCCACAUAGUUACGAGUUCCGUCUGAGAGUUGCACUUGGACCUGGUGGAGAUCUGAUGCUGACUUCACGUAUAAGAAAUACCAAUGCAGAUGGAAAGCCAUUCUCAUUUACAUUUGCAUAUCACACAUACUUUUCAAUAUCUGAUAUCAGCGAGGUGCGAGUAGAAGGCCUGGAAACUCUGGAUUACCUAGACAACUUACAAGAGAGAAAUCGAUACACUGAACAAGGGGAUGCAAUUGUUUUUGAAUCUGAAUUGGACAGAAUAUAUCUGGGCACACCGUCAAAAAUUGCCAUUAUUGAUCAUGAGAAGAAAAGAACAUUUGUUGUGAGGAAAGGUGGCCUUCCUGAUGCUGUUGUUUGGAACCCUUGGGACAAGAAGGCUAAGGCUAUGUCAGACUUUGGGGAUGACGAAUAUAAACGCAUGGUCUGUGUGGAGGCAGCUGCUAUAGAAAAGCCGAUUACUUUGAAGCCUGGUGAGGAGUGGACUGGAAAGUUGGAACUGUCUGCUGUCCCAUCUAGCUAUUACAGUGGUCAGCUGGAUCCUGAUCGUGUUCUUCAGGAUUCAAGUGUCCCGGAGGACUCAAUCAGCUAGUCCUUAGUGGAUAUUUGUCCAGGUAGACUAUUAUAUCAUAUGCAUAAGGGACAUUGGCAACAAGGAGUGUCAAAACGUUUAUUCCAUUCUAUUCAAAUCUUUGUUGUUUUUUGGCAUGCAUAUCUGAACUGAGGAAUUUCAAAAUUGAUUUACGUUUUGAUAUCUACAUAACGUAAGGGGACGGGUCGGUAUUAAUACCCUGUAUAUGCAUGUUUGAAGUGAGAAACAUCUCAUUGGGUUGUAAAAUAAAAAUCAAUACUGUAUCUCUUUUUUGAUCGGCACCUUUUCCAUUCUAAUAUCAAGUAAAAUAGUACACCUACAAAACGUAGUCACCUGUCCUACGAACGUGCAUAUGAGGUAUAAACAUUCUGAGCUUGGUUAAAACCAGGACUUGUUUGGAUCCAUAAUUUACCUGUGCUUGUACUUUGGUUUGAACACCUUUUUCUUGAUGGAGAUGGAUGCAGAAGUGUGAAGUCACCUUGAUGCUUCAGGGUAGCUGUUAUUGCAGUAGGAGAAAAUGAAGUAUCUGGUGUUUAGCGAAGCUGGACAUUAUCAACGUCAGCUAUUUAGAGUUAGCUCCAGAUCGCCGUGUUUUGAUUAAUUUUCCAAGUUGAUAUGAAAACGCGGUUGUAAAAUGAAUUGCCACAAAUUUCUGUCGAACCAAAUUAAAUUAUGGUUAGACUAAUUA